GCAUCAAAUGCCGCUUACAAUUGACAAUAACAACAAAUCAAAUCCAUCGGCAGGUCUAUUGCAGGUGUCAAGGUACCUAUCCUCUGUAGUCAAUCUUCCGACAAGGACCACCAAGCAAGAUGAGUUAUCGACCGAGCGGGCUUCCGCCCAUCCAGGACAUGCCGCCACCAGGUGGUUUUCCUGAGCAGGACAUUACGAAAGCCAUCAAGUCACGCGGCCCCAAGGGAUGGCAGUUGUGGCUUGGCUCGAGCGUCAUCAUGAUGUACGGAUUCUACCGUGUUGGUCAGAACAACCAGGAGCGUGCUGCCAUGAAGCUGGCCGAGCGUCGAUUGCGCUUCCAGAUGGCUCCCUACUUGCAGGCCGAAGCCGACUUGGAAUUCCUCAAACGCGAACGUGAUAUCACGGCUCGGACCAAGUGGGCCAUGCAAGAUGUCGAGAGUUGGAAGCCGCAGAGUCCAUACUACGGAAACCGCUGGACCCCACCUCGUGUCUCGGACAUGGACCUCAACUUCAAAAAGUAAAUUACAAGACAAGGCCAGAGGCUGCUACUAAUCAACCGUAUUCAUUAGUACCUCCUCCAAUCAUUCAUUUUAAUUCCUUGUAAUUUGGAUCAAUUCUCAUGGUUUAUUUCUUAUGGAAAACAGCUAAGGACUCAUUGAUGAUGGCUGAAGAGACAAAAUGCUUAGAAUGGCACGUGUUCAUUCACAGGGACCGGUAUGAAGGCAUGGGCAUACUAGUCUGGACCUACAUACCUGGUAUGGUCCCACCCGGCAAUGUACUGUAGCCUGACGGAACGCGUCUUUUUGUGUGCUACGCUUGGCACCUUGGCGCAGAAACAGGGAAUAUGGAGCGACCUGAUGACGGCCCUCUUUCUUUGUGUUUGCUUUCGUCAGCCCGUUGGUUGGAAGCGAGAAAAAUGUUGGCUUGUUUGUCUUGUGCCUACAGCAUAUUCAGAGGUCCCUUGCGGAAAAAUGCAGUGAUAGUUUCGAGGGUUUCAAACGCCAAGAUUGCUUUUCUGAUUUCCUUGCUGAUGCCAAGCAAAUGAGGGGUCUUCGCGACUCCUAGCUAGCUCGGUACGGUAGCUAGAAAAAGUGGGUGUAGGUCGAGAUAGAAACAAUAUCAUCUAGUUGGCCACCUGGCCUAGUUAGUCUAUGUAGACGAUGAUACCGGUAGGGAAGAAGGGAUGAAAUCAAACAAAGCGGAUCUUCGAGCAUUGGUGGCACUUUCUACGUAGCAAGUUUUGCUGGUGAACAACAACCUGGCUGCUCCAUUAGUCUAGCUAGCUACAGCGUAGAGCUAGAAGUACACCCUCACCCUUCCGCCUUUCAUCAGCUCGACCUCUAGAGUUGGCCUCGCC